UCAGAAGCAGCCAAUUCAACAAAAUGGUUAAUUGGUUUCCCCACCCCAUCCCCCAUGUUCAGGGGCCGUGGGCCUCGCUGGGAGUUUCUGUCUCACAGUGUUAAAUGAGGGAACCCAACUCCGUCAAAAUGCUCCACUGGCCACAUUUCUCAAUGUCGCCACUCACACGCCCUCAGAAACAGGAAGCCUGUCCCUUGCCUCCUCCAAGCAGAAGAUGUCUCAGCAGUUCCAGGGUGCACAGGAGCUUUCAAGAGUCACCCUCAUUGUGAGCUGGAUUCCACUGCAAUGAGUUGGUGGAGGAACAAUUUUUGGAUCAUCUUAGCUGUGGCCAUCAUCGUUGUCUCUGUGGGCCUGGGCCUCAUCCUGUAUUGUGUCUGUAAGUGGCAGCUUCGACAAGGCAAGAAAUGGGAAAUUGCCAAGCCCUUGAAAAACAAGCAAGCAGAUGAAGAAAAAAUGUAUGAGAAUGUUAAUGAGUCACCAGUUCAAUUACCGCCUCUGCCACCAAGGAAUUGGCCUUCUCUAGAAGACUCCUCCCCACAGGAAACCCCAAGUCAGCCGCCACCUACAUACUCAUUGGUAAAUAAAGUUAAAAAUAAGAAGACUGUUUCCAUCCCAAGCUACAUUGAACCUGAAGAUGACUAUGACGAUGUUGAAAUCCCUGCAAAUACUGAAAAGCAUCAUUUUGAAACAGCCAUUUCUUCUUUUUGACAAAACUGAAGAGGGUUCACACGACUUAUUUUAAAACAAUGAAGAAUGGUUAACUUCAGUAGGUCUCUGGGCCCUGAAAGCCAGUGGUGAUUUUAUGAAGCUCUAUAAGAUAAAGCACUUGCCAAACCUUAGAUGAAGGCACCCCGGCAAUCAGAUGACUGCAGCCAGAGGAGAGACAUGGGUGCUCAGCUCUGAGGACUUAGAGGGGUCAGCCUUGCGUCGUUGAGGGAAGUUUCCACGGGAAGGACCGUGGGGUUCCAUGGCUCCCACCUGUGAGAAACUACUCAUUUCUUGGCACUCUUUCCCCCUUCAUUCCCUUUGGUUUGCAUGGUUCUGAGUGAUCUGAAAUCUCUGCAUUUGGUGUUGCA